GGAUCAUUUUACUCAAUUGGGGAAUCCGGGUAACAGGCCGCAUUAGGAAAUUUUUCAAUCGUUCCACGACAGAACAAACUUUCAUAUGAAUCAAUUAACCAGUUUAUAUAUGUUACAGUUUCUAUGUGUUAAAUUUCUUCUAAAGGUGAAAGCAUAUUAUAAGUUAGAUUAAGUAAAAUGUCAGACUCUGGUGAAGCUAAUCCUUUAUUUAUUUUUGCUACUAUUGCAGCUAUAAUUGGAUCAUUUAUUUCAUUAUAUUAUUAUAAACUUGCCAACAAAAAUCAACCAGUUUUAAAACCUGAUCAAUUUCAAAAAUUCCCAUUAAUUGAAAAGACUAGAGUCAGUCAUAAUUCUGCUAUUUAUAGAUUUGGUUUACCAAAAUCUACUGAUAGAUUAGGUUUACCAAUCGGACAACAUAUUUCUAUUGGUGCUACUAUUAAUGGUAAAGAAGUUGUUAGAUCUUAUACUCCAAUUAGUACUGAUGAUGAAUUAGGAUACUUUGAUUUAUUAAUUAAAACUUAUGAAAAUGGUAAUAUUUCCAAACAUGUAGAAUCUAAAAAAGUUGGUGAACAUGUUGAAAUUAGAGGACCAAAGGGAUUCUUUACUUACACUCCAAAUAUGGUAGAAAGUUUUGGUAUGAUUGCUGGUGGUACUGGUCUUGCUCCAAUGUUUCAAAUAAUUACUGCCAUCUUAAAGAAUCCUGCUGAUAAGACUAAGAUUAGUUUAGUUUAUGCUAACGUUACUGAAAAUGAUAUUUUAUUAAAAGCUGAAUUAGAAAAAUUCGAAGAAGAACAUGCCGAUCAAUUCAAAGUUCAUUACGUUUUAAAUGAAGCUCCACAAGGUUGGACUGGAUCAGUUGGUUUUGUUACUCCAGAAAUUAUUGAUAAAUACUUACCAAAGGCUUCAGAAAAUACCAAUUUAUUAUUAUGUGGACCACCACCAAUGAUUAGUGCUAUGAAAAAGGCUGCUGUUUCUUUAGGUUAUCAAAAGGCUAAGCCAGUUAGUAAAUUAGGUGAUCAAGUCUUUGUGUUUUAGAUAGAUAGAAAGAGAGUAGACAACAAAUUAUUAUUAUUAUUAUAAUUAUAACUAAAACUAAAACUAAAACUAAAACUAAAACUAUAUCUAUAUAAUAAUGUUUAUAUUCUAUAUCAUAUACUACCCCUAUUAACAAUUUAAGUCAUUUUGCAUCUAUUGCGAACUC